AAAACCAUUUUGGUUUGAUUUUAAUGUGAACCCAGUGGCUGGAAUUAAAUUGGAAGACAAGUUGUUUAACGUACAAAAGGAACUGUCACGAGGGGACACAAUUGAAUGUUCCCGACUCAAGACUUUUCAAAGGUUAUUAGGAGCUAGAAGGACCGGUUAAUGUUAGACUUGACGAACUUGAAUGAUGCCAAGCUGGCGUUUGUGGAAGAUAUUUUUUUGCAUGACAUAGUUUUCCAUGGUGCAAUUCACUUCGGGAAAUUCAAGUUGUGGGAAAUGGGAAAAGGGUGCAUUUUCUUGCCUUUAUAAUGCAGCAGAGUUAAAGCCUCUCUCCAAUUACUUGCUCUUUUUGUUUUGUAUCCUCUCUCUGUAUAUCUCUCCCAUGGCUAAAUCCCAUUUAGCUGCAAACUUUGGUUUUAUGGCUUCAGCAAUGCUGCUCUUUGGCCUGCUUAUGGCCUCCCUACAUACCUCGAGUGCCCAAAUAGGUGUUUGUUAUGGAAUGCUUGGCACCAACUUACCACCAAGGCCAGAAGUUAUAGCUCUCUUCAACCAGAGAAACAUCAGAAGAAUGCGACUCUAUGAUCCAGACCAACCUGCUCUCCAAGCUCUCAGAGGCUCCAAUAUUGAGGUAAUGCUAGGCAUUCAUAAUAGAGAACUUGAGGGUCUCGCUGCCAGUCCAGCCACUGCAAACGACUGGGUCCAGAACAAUAUUAGAAACUACGGUGACGUUAAGUUCCGCUACAUUGCUGUUGGAAAUGAAGUUCAACCUUCAGAAUCUGCUGCAAGCUUUCUAGUCCCUGCCAUGCAGAACAUUCGCAAUGCAAUUAUUGCAGCAGGACUUGGUGACCAAAUCAAGGUUUCCACAGCCAUCGACACAAGGACCCUUGGAGAAUCUUCCCCUCCAUCAAGAGGGUCUUUUAGGCCUGAAUCCCGGGGUCUUCUCGAUCCUAUAAUUCGCUUCCUGGUUGACAACCAAGCCCCAUUACUUGUUAACUUGUACCCGUAUUUUAGCUACGAUGACAACGGGGAAAUCGAUCUGCCAUUUGCUCUCUUCACCGCUCCAAAUCCUGUGGUCUCAGAUCCUCCCUUGCAGUACAGUAACCUUUUUGAUGCCAUCUUGGAUGCUGUUUACGCUGCCCUGGAGAAGGCCGGUGGGGGUUCUUUGGAGAUCGUUGUAUCGGAGAGUGGAUGGCCCACAGCUGGAAAUAGGAAAAGGGCAGCAACAACCAUUGAGAAUGCAAGAACUUAUAACCAAAACUUGAUCCAGCAUGUGAAAGGAGGGACUCCAAAGAAGCCUGGAAGGCCUAUAGAAACUUAUAUUUUUGCCAUGUUUGAUGAGAAUAACAAACAGGGUGAGGAAAUUGAAAAACACUGGGGACUCUUUCUCCCAGAUAAGCAGCCUAAAUACCCAAUCGAUUUUAACUAAUUCAAGAGCUGCCGAAAAUCAAUAAGAGCAUGUUCGUACUAGAAAAUAUUUAAUGUAAUAAAACUCACAUAACUUACAUGUGAUGCAAAAUUGCAUACGUUGAAAAGACUCUUAUUUACGAUGCGAUAAAUUAUGAUUUUUUUAGAACAGAUAUAUUGAAAUAAAAAAUUAAAGAAAUAAAGAGAUAUUUGAAGGAAA